AUGGCGUCUGUGAUUCAACUGGAGAGUGAUGUCAAUAAUCACGCGUGGGGGAAGAAGGGCCAGUCGUCCUUAGCCGCCCGGUAUGCCGAUGCUACACCGGGCAAGGAGUUCAAGGUUGCGUCGGGCAAAUAUUACUCUGAGAUGUGGAUAGGCACAAAUCCAAACAAUGCAUCACGCAUCCUGUCAACUGGACAGAAGCUCCAAGAAUGGAUCGACGGCAACAAAGAGAAGCUACUCGGGCCGGCUGUAAUUGAGAAGUACGGCUCGGAUCUGCCAUUCCUACCCAAGGUCAUCUCGAUUUCGAAUGAGCUCCCCGUCCAAAUCCACCCGGAUAAGGAGCUCGCGACCAAGCUGCACAAGCACAAUCCCUCGAAAUUCGGAGACCCAAAUCACAAGCCCGAGCUGACAGUGGCUCUCACCGACUUCGAAGCCUUCGUUGGUUUCAAGCAUGUUGAUGACAUUGAGGCUCUCUUCCAAGACGUACCCUUCCUCAGGGACCGAUUCACCACCCAGCCGAAAACACCCUUCACCACCUCAACCCUCAUCAAUAAUAUCGUCCACAAGCUGCUCUCGCUCUCCGAGGAAGAAGCCGCCGAAGUAUACUCCGCGCUACGCGACGCCCCGCGGUCCGAAUAUGGCGACCAGAGCUACAUCCUGAUGCUCCUCCCCCGCAUCGCCAACCAGGAUGGCGUCACCGACCCCGGCUGCCUCGUCUCGCUCCUCACUAUGAACUUCGUCACCCUCAAGAAGGGCGAGGCGCUCUACAUUCCCGCGGACAGCAUCCACGCCUUCCUCUCCGGCGACGUCAUCGAGUGCAUGGCGCCCUCAGACAACGUGAUUAACUGCGGCGUCUGCCCAAGAGCAAACCCAGAAUCGAUCAACCUCUUCACCUCGGCGCUGACGUUCGACUACAAGGACCCGCAGUCGAUGGUGAUAAAGCCGAAGGUGAGCACGAAGGGGCUGAAGGGCCAUACGAGGGUAUAUUCGCCGCAAGGCAGCGAGUUUGAUAUGCUGGUUACUGAGCUGAAGAGCGAGGAGGAGGAGCAUAUCGCGGGCCUCCAGGGGCCGGGGAUUGUGGUUGUGACGAAGGGGGGGGGGAAAUUAUAUACCAAGGACGUGGAUUUGGAGUUGAAGGAGGGCUAUGCGUUUUUCGUUGCAUAUGAUACCGAUCUUAAGCUUGUCGCGGAUGAGGGCGAGGGGCUUGAUAUUCACAUGGCGUUUUGCGAGGCGUAA